AUGGCAGCUAGAACACUGAAAGCAGUGCCUGCUGAUCCCCACACGUGCACAGAAGUGGGUGACCAAGGAUGUACAAGAGUGGAUAGCUCUUGGCGUCUCCAUGACUCCCCCGCCCCGCCUGCAACUCCGCUCCAACUGGUCCGGAAGAAGCCCCGCCCCCUUCCUUCCUCCGGUCCCCGCGAUUGGCUUACCGACACCCGGCAGGUCAAUUCCCCGCCUUCGACUGGCUCACUGCCCCAUCAGUCACACGCAGCGAGAUUCGGGUCGGUGGGAGGGGAAGGCAGUGGAGGAGGUGGACUGGGAGUGGGAUUAGAGGACGAGGUGACGGAAGGAGGAUGUUCAGGCUCGGUCCCCGGUUUGGGAAAGUUUCCCCUACGAGUGACAGACCCGGACGGCGUUAGGCCCGGUCCCGCUCAGAGCCGGUGCAGGACGCUCGGGUCCCUGAUUCCCGCCCCUCGGUCCCGCAGGCCCCGGAAACCACUAGGGGGAGGGGGAAGAGGGAGGGACCAGCUAACCAGGGACCGACCCACCCCCGAUCUCGGAAGAGGCGCCUCCGGGACUCCCCGGAGGGGCGGGGGGCGGGGAGCGCCGGCGCGCCGCGACGACCCCCCGCCCCCUCCCCCAGCAGCCCCCAGAGGCCCGAGAGAGCAGUGUCCCCGGGCCCGGGGCGUGACCGUCGCGAGCCGGCAGGGAGGGCCCCUCCCGCUUCCCGCCUGGGGCCCUGAGGGCCUGUCCCUUCAGGGGCGGGGAGAUGGGGGAGCGAAGAGGGGGCGCUGGCGAGCCAACCCGGAACCUCCCGGCCCGCCUCCCGCCCCCAGCCCCGGCCCCUGCGCGCCUCCUGCACACACGCCCGCACCCAGAAAGUUAAGUCAGGGGCGAGCCCGGCUCGGCGCCGCCGCGCUCCGGCCCCCCGGCUCCCCGCCCCCACCGCGGCCCGGCCUGCUCGGCCCGAGCGCGCCGCCCGCCCCGCCCGCCGCAGCUCCUUCCCGUCGGCGCGCGGCGCCCCUCGCCCCCAGCCCCCGGCGCUGA